UACCAUAGUUUUUGCAUUAGUUUUCAUCCUUGUUCUUCCCUUUCUUCUCUUUUUGAUCUAUUUUUACAGCCAUCUAUCUCCUCAUGGAAUCCCUUGACGUUACCCGUGUUCGAGCGUUAUCGUUCUCUGAAUUAGCCAAUGCAUUAACCAGUCCACGACAAAAUCACGUCGAUCAAAACUUUGUCGGAGUAUCUACCAAUGUGAGGCUUUUAUUAAAACUAAUCCAUGAGUACAAAGAUGCUUCGGUGAAAGGCAAUAAUGGAAGUAGAGAUCAAAGGAUAUCUGAAAUGAUGCUUAUAAUUGAUGAUGUGAAAACCCAAAUCCAAAAAUCUCAAUUUCUUGGUAAGAAAAGGGCAGCUGAGCUUAGACGGUGCAACACCGAUCUUAGGCGAAACGUUCCGAGGGACAAACGGAGUAACGAACCGGUGAUGGAUGAGAAGGAGAGAUUGAGGAGAGAGCUGAAUGCAAGCAUGGCUGCAAGGAAAAGCCUCGAAAGCAUAUGUUCGAGCAUCGGAAAGGAGAAGGAGAUCAUCGCGAAGGAGCUAGCGAGGACGGUUCAACAAUUGAACGGAAUGGAAGAACAUCUCAAUGAUCUCAAAGCACAAAAUGAAAUGUUGAUGUGCAAAGUUCAAGCUUGUGUUGCAGAGCAUAGAGUGAAGAAAAACAAUGUACCUGAUGCUCAAGCCAACAUGGAAGCCCUCCAAAAGAGAAACAAAGUGUUGACCGAACAACUUCUCAAGUCGCUCGAUGCAUACCGAUCGUUGAAACGUAAGAUCAAAGAAUAUCAAGAGAAAAGAAGUGGGGAAAAUGCAAGAAUGGAAGAAAUGGGACUUCGUGUUCGAGUUGGACUCGAUAGGAUUCAUAGUUUUAAAGAAAUGUUCACUCAAAACGACGAUGAAAAACAUAUUGAUAUUGAGCAUGAGAUCUCCGCUUUGGAGCAUAUGUUCAAAUGUUUCGAUUUGGAGAUAUCGAAACAUGUCAAGAUGAAGAAGUACCCCGUCGAAUGCAAACACGAGCGCAUCAAUGCCGAUAAGUCCCCGGUUCCGGCUUGAGCUUACAAUAGAAAAAUAGAAGUAAUUGAUUAGUGAUGGUACAAUGACAACCUUGUUUUAUUGUCAUGUGUGCACAUGUACUUGCUCGGUUGCUCUAGUUUUUAAUGCAUUGUUUGAACCUUAAACCA